UCUGAGGGUGGGUGAGUUGUGUCGGGAAGUCAGUCAGAUUCUGAUGAUCAGUGAGGAUCGGUGAUUUACAGAUUUUGUCACCAACAGAGCCCCCGUUUCCCUCAGAAUCUGACUGACUUCCCGACACAACUCACCGAGUACAGUCGACAUUGUCGCCAAGUCACCGUCCACGGCUCGAUCUCUUGGUUGCUGGAAUCAGUGGCGCAGAGGAGGCCGUGAAAUUGGCAAUGGUGGAGCUUAUUAAUCAUCCUGAAAUGUUCAGUAAAGUUAAGGAAGAGAUUGAAUCAAUUGUUGGAAGGAGCAGACUCGUUGAAGAAUCAGGUGUACCGAAUCUUCCUUAUUUACGGGCAGCUGUGAAGGAAUCACUGAGACUGCAUCCACCAACUCCUGUACUAGUCUGGGAAGUCUACGAAAAUUGUAACAUCAAGGGGUUUGAUAUAACAGAAAGAACUAUAACAGUCAUUAAUCUUUGUGCCAUAAUGAGGGAUCCUGAUUUAUGGGAGAAACCGCAGGAGUUUCAGCCUGAGAGGUUCUUAGUUUGUUCGAAGGAACAAAAAUCUAAUAACCCAGAUGAAGAAACGAAGAAGCAACUUAUAAAUUAUCUUUCUUUUGGAGGAGGAAAGGUCAGAAGUUGUCCCAGUUCACUCUUAGCAUUAGCCUUGAUGAAUACUGCAAUUGCUACAAUGGUUCAAUGCUUUGAUUUUGAAGAAGCUGGAUCAGGCGUGUCAAUAACCACCUUGUCUCAGCAACUUCAGUGUCGUCCUGUGGUUCAUUUCAACCCAUUUCAUUAAAUGACACCAAACAUGGAGUGUGAUUUUCAGUAGAAUAGAUGGAAGUAAAGGAUGAAUUUUCAGUGUACUUUGCAUGUUUUGUGAAUUUCUAUCCAUAAAAUUAAAUCAUAUCUGAAUAAACAUCAUGUUGUUUAAGCGAA